AUGUCGCUUACUCUUGCAGGACCUUCCCGCCAAACAUUCCUAUAUAUCAAAUCAAUCCCUUCCAAGAAAACCUCAAAAGUAAUCUCAACAACCCAACGUUAUGCCUCCGGUCCCAAUCCCCAUCUCACACCAUUAGAUGCCAAACAAGAUGCUCUCCGUUCCCUCCUCUAUCCACCCGAAGCCUCAUCCUCUUCUUCUCCCGUAGGUUCAUACCAUCCUUCUCUACUCCCUCGUCUCAAACAUGUCAUAGGUGAUCCAGAAGUACACGAAACUAUCGAACGGGCGUACAAACUUCAUCAACGACUACAACGUGAAACUCAGACCCGAUCGUUGCAACUGAAAUAUCGAGCUAUGGUCGAAGCUUGUGAAGAGCUUUUGAGGAUGUCCGAAGAGGGUGAGGUGGAGAAGAACGUUUAUGAUAGAGCUAUGACGAAAAGUGGACAGAGUGAAAAGGUUGAGGGGGAAAUUAAGAGGGGUAAUCCGGAGGUCAAAUGGGCCGCAGCGAGAUUAGAGGGGUUGUUCCCUAGGGAAAUGGGAGUUCCAGUAGAGAGUAGAGGUAAAAGUUGGGAUUAUGGCUGGAGAAGACCGGGAAGUGAUUAG